AUGCUAAUACUGAUAGGAGAAGAGGAGCUGUGAGCACAGCAAGCUGCCAGUGGAGGCAAUCAGAGUCUUAGCAGAGCUGACUCCUCAAGAGCCAUGGCUGAAGGGGGUGAAGGAGGGGAAGAUGAAAUACAGUUCCUGCGAACUGAUGAUGAAGUAGUACUUCAGUGUGUUGCCAACAUUCAGAAAGAACAACGAAAGUUCUGCUUGGCAGCUGAGGGACUUGGGAAUCGCCUGUGCUUUUUGGAACCAACUUCAGAAGCUAAAUAUGUGCCUCCAGAUCUUUGCAUCUGUAAUUUUGUGCUGGAGCAGUCUCUCUCUGUCAGAGCCCUACAGGAAAUGCUGGCCAACACAGGGGAAAAUGCCAGUGAAGGGCCUAGUGACCUCUCCGAAUGGGCAGUUCAAGGAGGUGGUCACAGAACUCUGCUGUAUGGCCAUGCUAUACUACUUCGGCAUUCAUUCAGUGAAAUGUAUUUGACGUGUUUGUCAACAUCAAGAUCCCAGACAGAUAAACUUGCAUUUGAUGUGGGGUUACGAGAAAAUGCAGCAGGUGAGGCAUGCUGGUGGACAAUACAUCCUGCUUCUAAACAGAGGUCAGAAGGAGAAAAAGUUCGAAUUGGCGAUGAUCUUAUCCUGGUCAGUGUGUCCUCUGAAAGAUAUCUGCAUCUCUCCAUGUCAAAUGGAAAUAUUCAGGUGGAUGCCUCCUUUAUGCAAACACUCUGGAACGUCCAUCCUACAUGCUCAGGAAGUAGCACUGAAGAAGGAUAUCUACUUGGUGGGCAUGUAGUGCGUUUUUUUCAUGGCCAUGAUGAAUGUUUGACAAUCCCAUCUACAGACCAGAGUGAUUCACAGCAGAAGAGAGUAUUGUAUGAAACAGGAGGAGCUGGUGUUCGUGCAAGAUCCUUGUGGAGAGUGGAACCCCUUCGUAUAAGUUGGAGUGGCAGUUACAUCAAGUGGGGACAACCUUUCCGCCUUCGACACAUUACAACAGGACAGUACUUGGCACUUACUGAAGAGCAAGGUCUUUCACUUUUAGACAGAGGGAAAUCAGACACAAAAUCUACUUCCUUUUGUUUUAGAGCAUCAAAGGAAAAACUGGAAUCUGUUCAUAAACGGGACAUAGAAGGUAUGGGAGUCGCCGAAAUAAAGUAUGGUGAUUCCAUUUGUUUUGUCCAGCAUGUAACCAGUGCAUUGUGGCUGACUUAUCAAGCACAGGAUGCUAAAGCACCACGUUUAGGACCCUUGAAAAGAAAGGUUAUAUUACACCAAGAAGGACAUAUGGAUGAUGGUCUAACAUUACAAAGAUGUCAACACGAAGAAUCCCAGGCUGCUCGAAUCAUUCGCAAUACUUCCAGUUUAUUUAGCCAGUUCAUAAGUGGAAACAGAACAGCAGCACCCAUCGCCCUGCCUAUUGAGGAGGUACUUGAGACCCUGCAAGACCUGAUUACUUAUUUCCAGCCUCCAGAAGAAGAACUAGAACAUGAAGAUAAGCAAAACAAACUUCGCUCACUCAAAAACAGACAAAAUUUGUUCAAAGAAGAGGGAAUGCUGGCACUAGUUUUGAACUGCAUCGAUCGCUUAAAUGUCUACAACAGUGCAGCUCAUUUUGCGGGAGUUGCAAGGGAGGAAAGUGGAACAGCAUGGAAGGAAAUUCUGAAUCUCCUUUACAAAUUGCUAGCUGCCCUCAUUCGUGGUAACAGAAAUAACUGCACCCAGUUUUCCAAUAACCUCGAUUGGCUAAUCAGUAAAUUGGAUAGACUAGAGUCUUCCUCAGGUAUUUUGGAAGUAUUACAUUGCAUCUUGAUUGAAAGUCCAGAGGCUUUAAAUUUGAUAGCAGAGGAACAUAUCAAGUCUAUUAUUUCAUUGUUGGAUAAGCACGGACGCAAUCAUAAGGUUCUUGAUGUGCUUUGCUCUCUGUGUCUCUGUAAUGGAGUUGCCGUGCGUGCCAAUCAGAACUAUAUAUGCGACAAUCUGCUCCCUCGAAGAGAUUUGCUCUUGCAAACCCGUUUGAUUAAUGAUGUUACAAGCAUAAGGCCAAACAUAUUUUUGGGGGUUGCUGAGGGCUCUGCACAGUAUAAGAAGUGGUACUUUGAACUAAUAAUCGAUCAGGUAGACGCAUUUUUGACGGCAGAACCCACUCAUCUACGGGUUGGCUGGGCCUCUACAUCAGGUUAUGCUCCUUAUCCUGGAGGUGGAGAAGGAUGGGGUGGCAAUGGUGUUGGUGAUGACCUCUACUCCUAUGGUUUUGAUGGCCUGCAUUUGUGGUCUGGUCGAGUACCCCGAGCUGUAGCAUCUGUCAAUCAGCAUUUGUUGGCAUCUGAUGAUGUAGUUAGCUGCUGCUUGGAUUUAGGGGUGCCCAGUAUUUCAUUCCGCAUUAAUGGACAACCUGUACAGGGAAUGUUUGAGAACUUCAAUGUCGAUGGACUUUUCUUUCCUGUGGUGAGCUUCUCUGCAGGUGUCAAGGUUCGUUUCCUACUGGGUGGACGUCAUGGAGAGUUUAAGUUUCUGCCUCCCACUGGGUAUGCUCCAUGCUAUGAAGCUUUGCUUCCAAAAGAGAAGAUGAAAUUGGAACCAGUAAAAGAGUAUAAGAGAGAUUCUGAUGGAGUUAGGGAUUUGCUGGGUACAACACAAUUCCUCUCCCAAGCUUCCUUCAUCCCUUGUCCGAUAGACACCACUCAGAUUGUUUUGCCUCUUCACCUUGAAAAGAUCAGGGACAAGUUGGCUGAAAAUAUCCAUGAACUAUGGGGAAUGAAUAAAAUAGAGCUUGGCUGGACCUAUGGCAAGAUACGGGAUGAUAAUAAAAGACAACACCCUUGUCUUGUGGAAUUCUCAAAAUUACCUGAAACAGAGAAGAAUUAUAACCUACAAAUGUCAACAGAAACCCUAAAAACUCUUUUGGCCCUUGGAUGUCAUAUUGUUCAUGCUAAUCUAGCAGCUGAGGAAGAUCUUAAGAAAGUAAAACUUCCUAAAAAUUACAUGAUGUCAAAUGGGUAUAAACCUGCCCCUCUAGAUCUUUCUGAAGUGAAAUUGUUACCUUCUCAAGAAGUUUUAGUUGAUAAACUUGCAGAGAAUGCACAUAAUGUCUGGGCAAAAGACAGAAUAAAACAAGGAUGGACCUAUGGCAUUCAGCAGGACCUUAAGAACAAACGAAAUCCCCGACUGGUGCCAUAUGCAUUAUUAGAUGAACGUACUAAGAAAUCAAAUAGAGACAGUCUUCGUGAAGCUGUUCGGACUUUUGCUGGUUAUGGAUAUAAUAUUGAGCCACCAGACCAAGAACUAGCUGACCAAACUGUGGAAAAAGUCAGCAUUGACAAGAUACGUUUCUUCAGAGUAGAACAGUCUUAUUCAGUGACUUCUGGAAAGUGGUACUUUGAGUUUGAAGCUGUGACGGGUGGAGAUAUGCGUGUUGGCUGGGCAAGGCCAGGCUGCCGGCCAGACAUAGAAUUGGGAGCUGAUGACCAAGCAUUUGUGUUUGAAGGCAGCAGAGGCCAGCGUUGGCAUCUAGGCAGUGGAUUCUUUGGACGAAACUGGCAACCAGGAGAUGUUGUUGGUUGUAUGAUUAACUUAGAUGACAAGUCCAUGAUCUUUACUCUGAAUGGGGAAUUGCUUAUAACCAAUAAAGGUUCAGAACUUGCCUUUGCUGACUUUGAAAUAGAAAAGGGUUUAGUCCCAAUUUGCUCACUGGGUCUGUCUCAGAUUGGCCGUAUGAACCUUGGAAUGAAUGCCAGUACCUUCAAGUAUUAUACAAUGUGCGGCCUUCAAGAGGGUUUUGAACCUUUUGCUGUCAACAUGAACCGAGAUGUUGCUAUGUGGUUUAGCAAACGCUUACCAACUUUUGUCAACGUGCCAAAAAAUCAUCCUCAUAUUGAGAUAACGAGAAUCGAUGGAACGCUUGACAGCCCACCUUGCUUAAAAGUGACCCACAAGACUUUUGGCACACAGAACAGCAAUGCAGACAUGAUAUAUUGCCGCUUGAGCAUGCCCAUUGAGUUCCAUUCAUCAUUUAACUAUGGCACUGGUGUGGCAAGUGCAUCUGCUGAUGCUUUCCAAAAAAGAAAACAGAACCAAGAAACUGCUCUUCACACUACAAUGUACUAUUACUCAGCACGAAUAUUUGCUGGUCAAGAACCAUCUUCUGUCUGGGUUGGCUGGGUAACACCUGACUACCACUUUUACAGUGAAAAUUUCGACCUAAACAAAAAUAGCACAGUGACAGUUACUUUAGGUGAUGAAAGAGGCAGGGUUCAUGAAAGUGUGAAGCGCAGUAACUGCUACAUGGUUUGGGGUGGAGACACAUUUGCUAAUUCCCAGAGAUCAAGUCGCAAUAAUGUUGAUUUAGAAAUUGGAUGCCUUGUUGACCUGAGUACUGGAAUGUUGUCAUUCACAGCCAAUGGAAAAGACCUUGGCACUUGUUAUCAGGUUGAACCAGCCACAAAAUUAUUUCCAGCAGUUUUUAUACAACCUACGAGCACAAAUUUGUUUCAUUUUGAACUUGGUAAAUUAAAGAACACCAUGCCUUUAUCAGCAGCAGUCUUUAAAAGUGAAGAGAGAAAUCCCAUUUCUCAGUGCCCCCCACGCCUUGAUGUGCAAACAAUUACACCUGUUCUCUGGAGCAGAAUGCCUAACAGCUUCCUGAAGGUAGAGACUGAGCGUAUCAGCGAACGCCAUGGUUGGGUAGUGCAGUGUCUGGAGCCACUGCAAAUGAUGGCACUUCAUAUUCCAGAGGAGAACAGGUGUGUUGAUAUAUUGGAGCUAUGUGAACAAGAAGAUUUGCUGCAAUUCCACUACCACACUUUAAAACUCUAUAGCUCAGUUUGUGCACUGGGUAAUAAUAGAGUUGCUUAUGCACUUUGUAGCCAUGUGGACCUAUCUCAGUUAUUUUACACAAUAGAUAAUCAAUAUUUACCUGGACUCUUACGCGCUGGAUUCUAUGAUCUACUUAUCAGUAUUCAUUUGGAACGUGCCAAAGAAGCCAAGCUUAUGAUGAACAAUGAAUUUAUCAUUCCAAUUACAGAUGAAACUAGAAAAAUUGAAUUAUAUCCUGACGAAUCAAAGAGACAUGGGUUACCAGGAGCUGGGCUUAGCACUUGUUUGAAACCAGGUUUUAAUUUUUCUACUCCUUGUUUCAUUGCGGCCAGUGAAGAACAUCAGAAGCCCAGUCCAGAGAUACCACUUGAGAUACUCAAAACCAAGGCCAUAAGCAUGCUGACAGAGGCAGUACACUAUAGUGGUGUUCAUAUCAGAGAUCCUGUUGGAGGGAAAGUUGAAUUCCAGUUUGUUCCUGUUCUUAAACUUAUAGGAACUUUACUUGUAAUGGGGAUUUUUGGUGAUGAUGAUGUGAAGCAGAUUUUACUCCUUAUUGAUCCCAACGUGUUUGGAGACCCCAAGGAAGAAACAGAAGAGAAAACAGAGAAGGAGGAAGUUACACAGAUUGAAGAAAAAGCUGUGGAAGCUGGGGAAGAGGCAUUAAAGGAAACUAAACCGUCAAUGAAAGGCUUACUGCAGACAAGAUUACCUGAAUCUGUUAAACUCCAGAUGUGUGAGCUACUCAAUUAUUUCUGUGACUGUGAGCUGCGACACAGGGUGGAAGCUAUUGUAUCAUUUGCAGACAAUUAUGUCUCAAAGCUGCAAUAUAAUCAGAAAUACAGGUACAAUGAACUCAUGCAAGCAUUAAACAUGUCUGCUGCUUUGACUGCCAAGAAGACAAAGGAGUUUCGCUCUCCCCCUCAAGAACAGAUUAAUAUGUUGCUAAAUUUUCAACUGAGAGAGGAUUGUCCCUGUCCAGAGGAGAUUCGGGAAGAGCUAUAUGAGUUUCACGAUGAUCUUCUAAUUCACUGUGGUAUUCCACUCGAAGAAGAAGAGGAGACGGAUGAAGACACUUCCUGGAUGGGCAAACUUCGUUCACUAAUAUACAAAAUCAAAGGCCCACCAAAAGCAGAAAAAAAAGAGCCUACAGAGGUGGAAGAGAAGUCUCCCACUACUUUGAAGGAACUCAUAUCCCAGACUAUGGUGCGCUGGGCUCAAGAAGACCAGAUCCAAGAUCCAGAAUUAGUCCGGAUUAUGUUCAACCUACUUCGUAGGCAAUAUGACAGCAUCGGUGAGCUACUGCAGGCUCUGAGGAAGGCCUACACUAUUAGUGCUGCUUCUGUGCAGGAUACAAUCAAUUUACUGGCAGCACUAGGCCAGAUUCGCUCCCUUCUCAGUGUCAGAAUGGGAAAAGAAGAGGAAUUGCUUAUGAUUAAUGGAUUAGGGGAUAUAAUGAACAACAAGGUAUUUUAUCAGCAUCCUAACUUAAUGAGAAUCCUUGGUAUGCAUGAGACAGUUAUGGAAGUGAUGGUAAAUGUGCUUGGAGGAGAUAAAUCUCAGCAGAUCACUUUUCCUAAGAUGGUGGCAAGCUGUUGUCGGUUCCUGUGCUACUUCUGUCGAAUCAGCCGCCAAAACCAAAAGGCCAUGUUUGAGCAUCUAAGUUACUUGCUGGAAAACAGCAGUGUUGGGCUUGCAUCUCCUUCUAUGAGGGGUUCCACUCCACUAGAUGUUGCGGCUGCCUCUGUAAUGGACAAUAAUGAGCUUGCACUAGCUUUGGAAGAGCCAGACCUGGAAAAAGUUGUCACCUACUUGGCUGGUUGUGGACUUCAGAGCUGCCCUAUGCUGGUAGCUAAAGGAUAUCCUGACAUUGGAUGGAAUCCGAUAGAGGGUGAACGUUACCUAUCGUUCUUAAGAUUUGCUGUCUUUGUUAACAGUGAAAGUGUUGAGGAAAAUGCUAGUGUUGUUGUCAAGCUCCUUAUUCGACGCCCAGAAUGCUUUGGGCCAGCUCUUAGAGGAGAAGGAGGAAAUGGUUUGCUGGCAGCUAUGCAAGGAGCUAUUAAGAUCUCAGAGAACCCAGCUCUUGACCUUCCAUCUCAGUGCUAUAUAAGAGAAGUCAGUGUUGAAGAAGAGGAGGAAGAUGAGAUUGUGCACAUGGGCAAUGCAAUUAUGUCAUUUUAUUCAGCUCUGAUAGACUUGCUUGGACGCUGUGCACCAGAAAUGCAUCUUAUCCAAACUGGGAAAGGAGAAGCUAUUCGAAUCAGGUCAAUUCUUCGUUCUCUUGUGCCAACAGAAGACUUGGUUGGGAUUAUAAGUAUACCACUAAAGCUAUCAACAGUUAACAAAGAUGGUACAGUCACUGAGCCAGACAUGUCUGCAAGUUUCUGUCCUGACCAUAAAGCACCAAUGGUGCUGUUUUUGGACCGUGUCUAUGGUAUUAAGGACCAAAGCUUCCUCCUCAACCUACUGGAGAUUGGAUUUUUACAAGACUUAAGAGCAUCUGCCUCUCUGGAUACAGUAUCCCUGAGCACCACAGAGGCAGCUCUUGCACUAAAUAGAUAUAUUUGCUCAUCUGUGCUUCCAUUACUAACAAGAUGUGCUCCCCUCUUUUCUGGAACGGAGCAUUAUGCCUCUUUGAUUGAUUCAACGCUUCACACAAUAUAUAGACUAUCCAAGGGACGGUCCCUUACAAAAGCACAAAGAGAUACUAUUGAAGAAUGCUUGCUUGCUAUAUGCCACCAUUUACGUCCUUCUAUGCUACAGCAGCUAUUACGACGACUAGUUUUUGAUGUACCCUUACUUAAUGAAUACUGUAAAAUGCCACUCAAGCUUCUAACAAAUCAUUAUGAACAAUGCUGGAAAUAUUACUGUCUACCGUCUGGAUUGGGGAGUUAUGGAAUUGCAGUAGAAGAAGAGUUACAUUUAACUGAGAAACUUUUCUGGGGAAUUCUUGAUUCCCUCUCUCAUAAGAAGUAUGAUCCAGAGCUCUUCCGAAUGGCCUUGCCUUGUCUAAGUGCUAUAGCUGGGGCUUUGCCUCCAGAUUAUUUAGACACCAGAAUUAGAGUAACUUUGAAAAAGCAGGCUUCAGUGGAUCCAGAGGGAAACUUUGAUCCCAAACCUAUCAACACAGUCAACCUUACUCUUCCUGAAAAACUGGAGUAUAUUGUUAGCAAGUAUGCUGAACAUUGUCAUGACAAAUGGGCCUGUGACAAGAGUAAUAGUGGAUUUAAAUAUGGUGUUUCACUGGAUGAAAAUAUGAAGACACAUCCAUUAAUAAGGCCUUUCAAAACAUUAACUGAAAAGGAAAAAGAGAUUUAUCGUUGGCCUGCUAGAGAAUCGCUUAAAACCAUGUUAGCCAUGGGAUGGAGUCUAGAAAGGACCAAGGAAGGAGAAGCAAUGGUACAGCAGCGUGAAAAUGAAAAGCUACGCAGCAUAUCACAGUCUAGCCAAGGAAAUGGAUACAGCCCAACACCACUUGAUCUUUCUAAUGUUGUACUCUCUAGGGAGCUCCAGGGAAUGGUUGAGGUAAUGGCAGAAAACUAUCAUAACAUUUGGGCCAAAAAGAAAAAAAUGGAAUUGGAGAGCAAAGGAGGAGGUAGUCAUCCUUUACUGGUACCUUAUGACACCUUGACAGCCAAGGAGAAAUCUCGGGACCGGGAGAAGGCACAAGAGCUGUUUAAAUUCCUUCAAAUGAAUGGCAUUGUUGUAUCUAGGGGUCUGAAAGAUAUGGAUUUGGAUGCAUCAUCAAUGGAAAAGAGGUUUGCAUUUAAGUUUUUGAAGAAGAUCCUAAAAUAUGUUGACUCUGCUCAAGAGUUCAUUGCACAUUUGGAAGCCAUUGUCACCAGUGGAAAAACAGAGAAGUCACCACAUGACCAAGAAAUUAAAUUCUUUGCCAAAGUUCUCCUACCAUUAGUUGACCAGUACUUUACCAAUCACUUGCUGUACUUCCUGUCUUCUCCAAUUAAGUCACUCAGUAGCUGUGGAUAUGCUUCCAAUAAGGAAAAAGAAAUGUUGGCAAGCCUAUUCUGCAAACUUGCUGCUCUUGUUAGACAUAGGAUUUCACUUUUCGGGAGUGAUGCUACUACAAUGGUGAGCUGUCUGCACAUCUUGGCUCAGACACUGGAUACACGAACCGUCAUGAAAUCAGGCUCAGAGUUGGUUAAAGCUGGAUUACGUGCAUUCUUUGAAAAUGCGGCUGAAGAUCUGGAAAAGACUUUAGAAAAUCUUAAACUUGGGAAAUUUACCCAUUCACGAACACAAAUUAAAGGUGUUUCACAAAACAUCAACUAUACUACAGUGGCAUUGUUACCUAUAUUGACAUCAAUUUUUGAACAUAUUGCGCAGCAUCAGUUUGGUGUUGAUUUACUUUUGGGUGAUGUGCAAGUUUCAUGUUAUAGAAUUCUUUGUAGCCUAUAUUCCCUUGGGACUGGAAAGAACAUCUAUGUUGAAAGGCAGCGUCCAGCACUUGGUGAGUGCUUAGCAUCCAUUGCAGCAGCCAUUCCAGUAGCAUUCCUUGAACCUUCUCUGAACAGUUACAACCCACUCUCUGUCUUCAACACAAAAACUGCCAGAGAGAGAGCCAUUUUAGGUAUGCCAGAUACAGUUGAAGAGAUGUGUCCAGAUAUCCCUCAGCUAGAUGGAUUAAUGAAGGAAAUUAAUGAUUUAGCAGAGUCUGGGGCCAGGUACACUGAAAUGCCCCACGUGAUUGAGGUUAUCUUACCCAUGCUAUGCAACUAUUUAUCCUACUGGUGGGAAAGAGGGUCUGAGAAUAUGCCUAAAAGUGCUGGACCCUGCUGUACAAUGGUAACCUCUGAGCAACUCAGCAUCAUUCUGGGAAACAUUCUGAAAAUCAUCAACAACAACCUGGGAAUAGAUGAAGCAUCUUGGAUGAAGAGAAUUGCAGUUUAUGCCCAGCCUAUCAUCAGUAAAGCCAGGCCUGAUCUGUUGAAAACCCACUUUAUUCCAACCCUGGAGAAACUAAAGAAGAAAGCCAUAAAGAUAGUAAUGGAGGAGGAACAGCUAAGAGCAGAUAGUAAAAGUGAUACCCAAGAAGCAGAGCUACUCAUUCUAGAUGAGUUUGCAGUUCUUUGCCGAGACCUCUAUGCCUUCUAUCCAAUGCUGAUACGUUAUGUAGACAACAACAGAGCAAAUUGGCUCAAGAAACCAGAUGCAGAUUCUGAUGAACUCUUCCAAAUGGUAGCUGAGGUUUUUAUCUUAUGGUGUAAAUCACAUAACUUCAAGAGAGAAGAACAAAAUUUUGUGAUUCAGAAUGAAAUCAACAAUUUGGCAUUUUUAACAGGAGACAGCAAGAGCAAGAUGUCUAAACAGAUUGCUUGGAGGGGAAUGGCCAUGCAAGUAAAGUCUGGAGGACAAGACCAAGAGCGAAAGAAAUUGAAGCGUAGAGGGGAUUUGUAUUCAAUACAGACGUCCUUGAUUGUAGCUGCACUUAAAAAGAUGCUUCCUAUUGGUUUGAAUAUGUGCACUCCUGGAGAUCAAGAGCUGAUUUCUUUGGCUAAGAUUAGAUACAGUCAUAGGGACACAGACGAAGAAGUCAAAGAACAUUUACGUAAUAAUUUGCAUUUGCAGGAAAAGUCUGAUGACCCAGCUGUGAAAUGGCAGUUGAACCUGUACAAGGACAUUUUGAAAAGCGAGGAGCCAACAAAUCCUGAGAAAACUGUGGAACGGGUGCAGAGAAUCUCAGCAGCUGUCUAUCAUCUGGAGCAGGUCGAGCAACCAUUAAGAUCAAAAAAAGCUGUUUGGCACAAACUCUUGUCAAAACAACGCAAAAGAGCCGUUGUCGCUUGUUUCAGGAUGGCACCAUUGUACAAUCUGCCAAGACACAAAAUUAGCACUUUCUUCCUGAGCACCUUUCAACGUGUUUGGCUGGAAAAAGUACAUGAAAAAACUCAGUAUGACAGGCUUAUACUCAUGUUAACGACACCUCCAAAAAAAGAUGAGGAGGAGGUAGAAGAGACUGAAAAACACCCGGAUCCACUUCAUCAGAUUAUCCUCCAUUUCAGUCGCAAUGCGCUCACUGAGAGAAGCAAACUAGAAGAUGAUCCUUUGUACACUGCCUAUUCAGCCAUGAUGGCCAAGAGCUGUCAAAGUGAAGAAGAGGAAGAAGAGGAUGAAGAAAAAGAGAAGACAUUUGAGGAGAAAGAAAUGGAAAAGCAGAAAACUCUAUAUCAGCAAGCUCGUCUGCACGAUCGUGGAGCUGCUGAGAUGGUUCUUCAGAUGAUUAGUGCAAGCAAAGGUGAACUGGGCCCCAUGGUUAUUGAAACAUUAAAACUUGGCAUUGCCAUUCUAAAUGCUGGUAAUACCUUAGUUCAGCAGAAAAUGUUAGAUUACCUUAAAGAGAAGAAGGAUGCUGGAUUUUUUCAGAGUCUCUCUGGCUUAAUGCAGUCUUGCAGUGUUCUUGACUUGAAUGCAUUUGAGAGACAGAAUAAAGCAGAAGGCCUUGGAAUGGUUACUGAAGAAGGAACUCUCAUCGUUCGUGAGCGUGGUGAGAAAGUGCUACAGAAUGAUGAGUUUACUCGAGAUCUGUUUAGAUUUUUACAGCUGCUUUGUGAAGGUCAUAACAAUGAUUUUCAGAAUUUCCUGCGUACUCAGAUGGGCAACACUACAACAGUGAAUAUUAUUAUCAGCACUGUUGACUAUCUCUUACGUCUUCAGGAAUCAAUUAGUGACUUCUAUUGGUACUAUUCAGGAAAAAACAUGAUUGAUGAAUCUGGACAGCGUAACUUCUCUAAAGCUUUGGCUGUUACCAAACAGAUUUUCAACUCACUUACAGAAUAUAUCCAGGGUCCUUGCAUAGGUAACCAGCAGAGUCUGGCUCACAGUAGGCUGUGGGAUGCAGUUGUUGGCUUCCUUCAUGUCUUUGCUAACAUGCAAAUGAAACUCUCUAAGGAUUCCAGUCAGAUUGAAUUACUUAAGGAAUUGUUGGAUCUCCUGAAGGAUAUGGUUGUGAUGUUGUUGUCACUACUUGAAGGUAAUGUUGUAAAUGGGACUAUCGGAAAACAGAUGGUGGACACACUGGUAGAAUCAUCUAGCAAUGUAGAAAUGAUCUUGAAGUUCUUUGACAUGUUCCUCAAAUUGAAAGACCUAACCAGCUCAGAUGCUUUCAAAGAAUAUGAUCCAGAUGGUAAAGGCAUCAUCUCAAAGAAAGAAUUCCAGAAAGCAAUGGAAGGUCAGAAACAAUACACACAGUCAGAACUUGAAUUCCUGCUGUCCUGUGCAGAAGCUGAUGAAAAUGACAUGUUUAAUUAUGUUGAUUUUGUGGACAGAUUCCAUAAGCCAGCCAAAGACAUUGGAUUUAAUGUGGCAGUCUUGUUAACUAACCUUUCAGAGCACAUGCCAAAUGAUUCACGCCUUCGGUGCUUACUAGAUCCAGCAGCAAGUGUACUUAAUUACUUUGAACCUUACCUUGGCCGCAUUGAAAUAAUGGGUGGAGCCAAGAAAAUUGAAAGAGUUUACUUUGAAAUCAGUGAAUCCAGUAGAAUGCAGUGGGAGAAGCCACAGGUGAAAGAAUCCAAAAGGCAGUUCAUAUUUGAUGUUGUAAAUGAAGGAGGAGAACAAGAGAAAAUGGAGCUCUUUGUGAAUUUCUGUGAGGACACAAUCUUUGAAAUGCAGUUAGCAUCUCAGAUCUCUGAAUCAGAUUCAGCUGAACGACCUGAAGAGGAAGAAGAGGAUGAGCCUUAUUAUGUAAUGGAAGUUGGAGAUGAUGAGGAAGAAGAAAAAUCUCUGGAAUCAGCUUCAGCUUUUGCAAUGGCCUGUGUUACAGUGAAGAGGAAUGCUGCCCACUUUUUAAAAAUGGUCACUUUAAGGAACCUUAGGAAACAGUACAGAAAGGUUAGAAAGAUGACUAUAAAGGAAUUGGUGAAAGUGUUUUUCUCCUUUUUCUGGAUGCUAUUUGUAGGGUUAUUCCAGUUGUUUUUCACCAUCGUAUGGGGGAUUUUCCAGAUUCUCUGGAGUACUGUGUUUGGGGGUGGCCUGGUUGAAGGAGCCAAAAACAUCAAAGUUACUAAAAUAUUAGGGGACAUGCCUGACCCAACACAGUUUGGAAUCCAUGAUGAUGUCAUAGAAGCAGAGAAGGUUGAAGGCAUUGAUCAUGGAAUUAGAGUUGAAUUUGUGCAGUUUGUGAAAGGUGAAAAAGGAGAAACAGACAUAAUGUCAGAUAUUUUUGGCAUUCAUGCAAAAAAAGAAGGUGGCUCAAAACAUGGUCAUGAUGCUGGACUCGGUGAUGUUGCAGAAAUAGUUGGUACAGAUACCCCUCUCUCUUUGGAAAGCACCAUUCGUAGGAAAAGAAAAGCACAGAUGUCUGAAAUAACAAAAGAAGAUGAAACAGAAACAAAAGCAGAAUCCGAGAAGGCUGACAUGGAAGAUGGUGAGAAACAAGACAAAGCAAAGGAAGAAAUACAAUCUGAGCAUUUGGGAAAGGAGGAAACCAAGAAAAAGAAACGAAGGCAUGGACAAAAACUAGAGAAACCUGAGGCAGUUAUGGCUAAUUUUUUUAAAGUCGUGGAAAUUUAUCAAACGAAAAUGCUGCAUUACUUGGCUAGAAAUUUCUACAACUUAAGAUUUCUUGCUCUGUUUGUUGCAUUUGCCAUCAACUUUAUACUGCUAUUCUACAAGGUGACAGAAGAACCAUUAGAUGAGUUAGAGGAAGACUCUGAUCUGUGGAAUUCAUUUGAAGAAGAGGAAGAGGAAGAGGGAGUGGUGUUUUUUGUUUUACAAGAGAGUACAGGUUACAUGGCACCAACACUCAGGGCUCUGGCAGUUAUUCAUACUGUCAUCUCCUUUGUCUGUGUGAUUGGAUACUACUGUCUAAAGGUUCCUCUGGUUGUAUUUAAGCGAGAAAAGGAAAUUGCCAGGAAGUUGGAAUUUGAUGGUCUGUACAUUACAGAACAGCCCUCAGAGGAUGACAUUAAAGGACAAUGGGAUCGUCUGGUCAUAAACACUCCAUCCUUUCCUAACAAUUACUGGGACAAGUUUGUAAAACGGAAGGUUAUUAACAAAUAUGGUGACUUGUAUGGAGCAGAGCGAAUAGCUGAACUCUUGGGGUUAGACAAAAAUGCUCUUGACUUCAGUCCAGUGGAAGAGACUGAACCAGAGGAGGCAUCUCUUGUUUCAUGGUUAAGCUCUAUUGAUACAAAGUACCACAUUUGGAAGCUUGGAGUUGUUUUCACUGACAAUUCCUUCUUGUACUUAGCUUGGUACACAACUAUGUCUAUCCUUGGCCAUUACAACAACUUCUUCUUUGCUGCUCACUUGCUGGAUAUUGCUAUGGGUUUCAAGACACUACGAACCAUUCUGUCUUCUGUAACUCACAAUGGCAAACAGCUUGUACUGACGGUAGGAUUGUUGGCUGUAGUAGUCUACCUUUACACUGUUGUGGCGUUCAACUUCUUCCGCAAGUUUUACAACAAAAGCGAAGAUGAAGAUGAGCCAGACAUGAAAUGUGAUGACAUGAUGACAUGUUACCUGUUCCACAUGUAUGUGGGUGUGAGAGCUGGUGGUGGCAUUGGGGAUGAAAUUGAAGACCCUGCUGGGGACCCUUAUGAAAUGUAUCGAAUUGUCUUUGACAUCACGUUUUUCUUCUUCGUCAUUGUCAUCCUACUAGCUAUCAUUCAAGGUCUGAUUAUUGAUGCCUUUGGUGAAUUAAGAGAUCAGCAAGAACAAGUGAGAGAAGAUAUGGAGACCAAAUGUUUCAUUUGUGGGAUUGGUAAUGACUAUUUUGACACGACCCCACAUGGUUUUGAAAUGCAUACUUUACAAGAGCACAACUUGGCAAACUAUCUCUUCUUUCUAAUGUAUCUCAUUAAUAAGGAUGAAACUGAGCACACUGGUCAGGAAUCAUUUGUAUGGAAAAUGUACCAAGAAAGAUGCUGGGAUUUCUUCCCAGCUGGAGAUUGCUUCCGUAAACAAUAUGAAGAUCAACUUGGAUAAACUUAUCCUGAAAGAAGCUAAUAUGUUAAUGAAAUGUAAAACCCAGUAAAAAUUAAAAAACUUACCUUUUAUAGUGUAAUUCAAAGGUCACAUUUGUUUACCAUCUCUUUACUGUGAACUUGUUUAAAACCAUCCACUUAACGAUUUUUGUGCCUAGCAGAUAAGACACAGGCCUUAUAGUCUGGCUUUCAAUUUUCUUUCUGAAAAAAAAAAAGGAAAUCUAUACCCUGAAGAUUUAAUUAUCUUAAAACUUUCCAGUUCAAACACAGACUGAAAUUGUAACCGGUUUUGACCCAAUGUUUGGUGGUAUAGUUGAAAGGGCUAAAAGAUACAUCAUUUCUUAAAUGCACAAUAUCUGAAUCUUAAGCACUUGAAUGUCAGGUGACUAUGACUCACAUUGUGAAAUUAAACAUUUUAACUGCAAUCUAAUUUUUCCCAUGGUAUUUGCUAGUGAAUGUAUCAAGAUACAGCUCGAAAAGCUUUAAGCAGUCAAAGAAAAAAUUUCAAACACUUUAUCGACCUUGAAAUAUCGAUUAAGUGCCUUAAAACCUCUGUAGACAUAGCUAUGCAAGGUUUUUAUUUAUGUUAGUGUUCCAGAUUGACAGUUCUAUUAAUUAGUUGUGUUGCUUUUCCAUCUUACUGUAUGAAAUUGCACUUGAAGAGUAUUCAUAUACUUUUUCAGUAACAGCUGGUAAGAUGCCAAAAUAAAAUAAUGCUUUAUGGUCAUCUGUAAGUAGUGAAGCUGCUACCUUUAUGCAUUUUUCUUCAAAUAAAAUUAAAUGCCCACUGCAAUAACCAAAUAAAUAAUAA